AUGUUGUGCAAGUUAUAUGAUGAAGAAGACAUUAAGGAGGAAGAGGAAAUUGAAGAAGUGGAGGAAGAAGAUUUCGGUCCCAUCUGUGACACCGAUGGGGAAGGGGGAUUUGUUGAAAGAAUUAAUUUAGUGACUAGAGAAAAAAUUGUUGAACACUCUAACCCUUUCUAUGCCACUGAUGGGGAAGACGACCAUGUAGAAAUUGAAGAAGAAAUAAAUUUCAUGGUUGGAAACAAAAUUGUUGAAACAACUGUGAAAGAAAUCGAUUUUAUUGUUACAAACAAAAUUGUUGAAGAAAAGGUUGAAGAACCCAAAGAGGUGGAGCAGGUUCUUGACCACAAAGAUGUGGUUGUGGUUAAGAAGGAUGAUGAUACUCCUCUUAUAACAAACCGUCUUUCUAAGAACCUAGAAGAAGGAGUGACCGAUCAAGUUCCAAGUUCCAAGCAAUUACGAGGGAGGGAGUUCAUAAUGCUUGGAUUCCUAUUCUUGUGGUGUACUUUCAGUUGGGAAGCCAUGUUAUUGGAACAUGUUGUUCAUCAACCCACAAAACAUGUGUAUGUGGAGAAGAGACCAACUUGGAGUAAAGAAAAGGUCACAUUCUGCAAUAAAAAUAUGUUUUCAAGACCUAUUGUCAUGGAAGGUUUGUAUGGGAGAACAACAAAAUUUGGUUCUUACUGA